AUGAGUAACAAAUCCACCGGAACAGUGGUGGUUUCCACCGCCACUACUACUCAACAACCACAACAAGAAGUAGUUGAAACGCCCAAGAAUCCAUUCAUCCCUUUCUUCCCCAAUUUCAGUUUCAACUUCAAAUUCCCUCCUUUUUUCUUCCCACCAAAACGCCACCAUCAUCAGCUUCAUCAUCAGGGUGUGAAAAAAGAAAAGGCUCCUAAUGUUGUAACUUUUCCGAAAACCGAACAAUCCGCCGUCGUUGUUCCCGAACCUCUUCAGGCUCAACCUGAUUCUCAGCUUCUUUCUGCCAAGACUUCUGAUCCCUUUAAGCUUUACCAGAUUUAUGCAGUAGGAGCAUUCCUUGUUUCGAGUUGGAUAUGGGCAAGGUGGAAUGAGAGGAAGGCUCGAGGACGGUCUCCGAAUGACGGAGAUGCCGAUGGUACUGGAUCACAGGGGAAUGAAUAG